ACAGCUGAUUUUGACAGCAAUGACAGCCGCUAGAUAACCUCAAUUUUUUAGGGGACUUCCCUUUGUUUAUUUUUGCUGUAAAAGUUGCGUAAAAAUCUACAAAAAUAAAAUUCCAAUGGAAAAUGAGUUCAAAUCGCCGAUUUGCUCGGCCUGCGGCACGCACCCUCCCGCCGCCCGUUGUGCAAAAUCUCACUAGUGUGGGCGAAAAGACAGCAACAUUUGCUGCUCUGCCCAAACAUGCACCGUUUCCGGACAUCUCCCAUCCACCUGAAUUUAUCAAUGAGCUAAUCAUGUUCAUCUUCGUGGCUAUCGCAGCAUCCUCACAAUUUCUCCAUCUCUAUCGAACCGGAUGGUGGCUAGAGGAUUCUAAUGUUCACGAUGCUCUGCAUUUCUAUCUAAUCGAUAAGUACUUGGUGAUGUUUAUUGUGACCAUUUUGGCCAGAAGGGUGGUCUACUUGGCCAUUGUGGGCAUCAUGAAGUUAACUCCGUGGCAGGAGAAAGUGGUAUCUUAUGCCUACUUUGGCUUCCUCUCGGCAAUUCUCAUGUUCUGCAGUCUCCAACUGUAUCAGAAAUCCAACAGCAUGUAUCUCUUCUGCCUCUGCUAUCCGCUCCUGGUAUAUUUAAUCAUUUUUGGCAUCCGCCUGGAACCUUUCCUGAGAACAAUACAUCCCAGCAAUACCGUUUACUUAGGCGGAAUCCCUUUGCAUUGCUGCUCCACAAAUCCCACCGCAAUUCGGGAUGAAGUUGAAGUGCUCAAGAGUGAUUUCAACAAUCGCUUCAAGCAGGUCAUCUUCACAUCCGCCUGCAAUGCCUACUAUGCAGGAUUCAUUCCGUGCUGCUUCUCUCAGGCCUUUCUCUACUACGACCUCUUCUGGGCCACACAACAUCUCACCUUCACCUGGUUCAGUGGAUUCACAGCAGCUGCUGCUCAGUGCUUUCCCACCAGGUACUGCGACGUCCUCCAUCGUGCUGCACUGCACUUGGGUCAGUGGAAUCGUAUUGAGAGCAAAUCCCAUGCUGUCCCUGCCAUUGUCUGGUCAAAGAGUCUCGUUUGGCCUUCCGGGACACUCAUCAAGCACGCUGGAGAAUUCUAUCGUGCUUCUGGAUUUACAACAGCCAUUCCCGCUAAUGCUAGCCACUAUCGUUUCCACUGGGUCUUCAAGAAUCCCUCCAAUAUUUUCCUUAUCCUCUUCUUUGGCCAACUUCUACUUGUCAUCAUGCAGAUAUUCCUCGUUGUGAUCAGCCAUCAAUGGCAGAAUAUGAUUUCAAUGGGAUUCUUCAUUCUCACUAAUCAAUUCACUCUCUACAGACACUUCCGAAGUUACCUAAUCUCUCAUGAUAUCUACAAUGCGGAGUUGCAGGCAACGGAUUGUGUGAGGAGGAAGCUCUUUUUCAAAAUAUAAUCAUUCAUAGAAAUAGGAGAAUCAGGAAGAUUUAAUAAAAGUAAUGUGUCUAUAUUUAAA